GACACGCGCGGAGCGGAGCGGCGCGAAGGGGACGCGGGGCAAAAACGGGAAGAUCCAUCCGGAGGGCCGCGUGGUGCUCCGCCCGCACGGAACUGCUAUUUCGAAGUGGCCUCUCUCCCCACCCUCCGGCUGCGAUGCUGCCCGCCGUCGCGCUGCCCUGGACGUUGUUUUUCCUCGGAGCCGCAGCCUCUCUACAAGUGGAUAUUGUUCCCAGUCAGGGAGAGAUCAGCGUUGGAGAAUCCAAGUUCUUCUUAUGUCAAGUGGCAGGGGAAGCCAAAUACAAAGACAUUUCCUGGUUUUCCCCUAAUGGUGAGAAGCUGACGCCCAACCAGCAGCACAUCUCAGUGGUGCGAAACGACGACUUCUCCUCCACCCUCACCAUCUACAAUGCCAACAUUGAUGAUGCUGGCAUCUAUAAAUGUGUUGUCAGCAGCGUGGAGGAGGGAGACUCUGAAGCCACCGUCAAUGUGAAAAUUUUCCAAAAGCUCAUGUUCAAGAAUGCCCCCACUCCUCAGGAAUUCAAGGAAGGGGAUGAUGCUGUGAUUGUGUGUGAUGUGGUCAGCUCGCUGCCUCCUACCAUCAUCUGGAAACACAAAGGCAGGGAUGUCAUCCUGAAAAAAGAUGUUCGGUUUAUAGUGCUGUCCAACAACUACCUGCAGAUCCGGGGAAUCAAGAAAACAGAUGAGGGGACGUACCGCUGUGAGGGCCGCAUCCUGGCUCGUGGGGAGAUCAACUUCAAAGACAUUCAGGUCAUUGUAAAUGUACCUCCUUCUGUGCGUGCCAGGCAGAGCACUAUGAACGCCACUGCCAACCUCAGCCAGUCUGUCACCUUAGCAUGUGAUGCUGAUGGCUUUCCUGAGCCAACCAUGACGUGGACAAAGGAUGGAGAGCCGAUAGAGCAGGAGGACAAUGAAGACAAAUAUGGUUUUAACUACGAUGGGUCUGAGCUGAUCAUCAAGAAGGUGGAUAAGAGUGAUGAAGCAGAGUACAUCUGCAUUGCUGAGAACAAGGCUGGCGAGCAGGAUGCCACCAUUCAUCUCAAAGUCUUUGCAAAACCCAAAAUCACGUACGUGGAGAAUAAAACAGCGAUGGAGCUAGAGGAUCAGAUCACACUGACCUGUGAGGCAUCUGGGGACCCAAUCCCUUCCAUCACGUGGAAGACCUCCACCCGGAACAUCAGCAAUGAAGAGAAGGCUUCGUGGACCCGGCCCGAGAAACAAGAGACCCUGGAUGGGCGCAUCGUGGUGCGCAGCCACGCGCGGGUUUCGUCCCUGACUCUCAAAGAAAUCCAAUACACAGAUGCUGGAGAGUACGUGUGCACAGCCAGCAACACCAUCGGGCAGGACUCGCAGGCCAUGUACCUCGAAGUGCAGUAUGCUCCCAAGCUUCAGGGCCCUGUGGCCGUCUAUACCUGGGAAGGGAAUCAAGUGAACAUCACCUGUGAGGUAUUUGCUUAUCCCAGUGCUGUCAUCUCCUGGUUCCGGGAUGGACAGCUGCUCCCCAGCUCAAACUACAGCAACAUCAAGAUCUACAACACUCCAUCAGCAAGCUACCUGGAGGUGACACCAGACUCUGAAAAUGACUUUGGGAACUACAACUGCACUGCUGUGAACCGCAUUGGCCAGGAAUCCUCAGAGUUCAUUCUUGUGCAGGCGGAUACUCCGUCCUCUCCUUCUAUUGACAGAGUUGAGCCCUACUCUAGUACUGCCCGCGUGGAGUUUGAUGAGCCUGAAGCUACUGGUGGGGUGCCCAUCCUCAAGUACAAAGCAGAGUGGAGAGCACUGGGUGAAGGAGAAUGGCACUCGAGAUUGUAUGAUGCAAAAGAAGCAAAUGUGGAGGGCACAAUCACUAUCAGUGGCCUGAAACCUGAGACAACCUACUCAGUGAGACUGUCUGCAGUCAAUGGCAAGGGUGUGGGUGAGAUUAGUCUGCCAUCCGACUUCAAGACACAGCCAGUUCGUAUCCCUCACUCACCAAGUGCUGCUGCCCCCGCGUGUUUAGCAGAGACAACUCAGCCUCUCCCUGCAUCCGAAAGCACAGAGCCACCAAAAGGGGAACCCAGUGCACCCAAACUGGAAGGGCAGAUGGGAGAAGACGGAAACUCCAUCAAAGUGAAUGUUAUCAAGCAGGAUGACGGUGGCUCCCCAAUCAGGCAUUACCUGAUCAAAUACAAAGCUAAACAUUCCUCAGAAUGGAAGCCAGAGAUCAGACUGCCUUCUGGCAGUGACCAUGUAAUGCUCAAGUCUUUGGAUUGGAAUGCAGAGUAUGAGGUUUAUGUGAUAGCUGAAAACCAGCAAGGGAAGUCCAAACCUGCUCACUAUGCUUUCCGGACAUCUGCUCAGCCUACUGUCAUCCCAGCCAGCACUAGCCCUACGUCAGGCCUGGGGACUGCUGCCAUCGUAGGCAUUCUCAUUGUUAUCUUUGUGCUGCUCCUGGUGGCUGUGGAUGUCACCUGCUACUUCCUGAACAAAUGUGGCCUGCUGAUGUGCAUUGCUGUCAACUUAUGUGGCAAGUCUGGACCAGGAGCCAAGGGCAAAGACAUGGAGGAGGGCAAAGCUGCCUUCUCGAAAGAUGAGUCCAAGGAGCCUAUUGUGGAGGUGCGGACUGAAGAGGAGCGGACCCCCAACCACGAUGGGGGAAAACACACAGAGCCCAACGAGACCACACCACUGACAGAACCAGAGAAAACCCCAGUAGAAGACAAACCUGAAGUGCAAGCAACGGAAACUAAGACACCUCCAGCAGAAGUGAAGACGGUCCCCAACGAAGCCACACAAACAAAUGAAAAUGAGAGCAAAGCAUGAUCAGCAACAGAUGAAAAAACAUGGCAGAACGACUUCACCCAAGCAUUUACAACACGAAACACAACACACAUCUCAUUCCUCUAGUGUCUGUUGCCUUUUUUUUAAAAAAAAAAACAAACAAAACAGAAAAUGCAUAAAUGGGGAGGGGGGGGUUCUCUCUUUUUUUCUUUUUUUCUUUUUUUUCUUAAGAUUUUUAGGAAGGUUCUAUUUGUCGUGCACUUGCUUUUAAAAAGUAAUACAUUUUGAAACAGGGUUUAACCCAUCACCAAAUCGGGGGCUCAGCUGUCCCCUGGUAUGUUCAGAAUUGCAAAAUACCACUUACAGCAUCGCUGAGGAGCUCAGAGUCAACCAGUCUUAGAUGAAAGGAAAAAAGAGAAAAGAAAAAAGAAGACCCUGUUCUUUCCUUGGUUAGAAUAGUAGAUAUAACCACUGUACUGCUUGCCUACUUGGUACAGGUGGUACUUAGUGAACAAAGUCCACAAUUUAUUUUUAUACUUUUCAGUCGAGUUUGAAAUAUGUAAAGCCUCAUAAAUAAGUUAUAAUUUCUGUUCACCUUGUGUUCAGUAUGCAAAGUGUCGUGAGCAUUUUGUGGCUGAAUUCUGUUCUCCACUUUAGACAUUGAUUUGGGGGGUUAUUCUUUUUGUUAGGAAGAAUGCCAAAAUUGCAGCUUUGGGGGAUGUAUUUCAAUUUGCAGUAUUCAGACUCUACAUUUCUUUAAAUUUCAUGUUAAUUUUUGCCAACUUUUGUUCUCUCCAGUGUUUACAAUUGACAAUUUUUUUUUAACUUUUGUUGUGUUUAAAUGUAUUUGUAAAAUAGCUGCCUUUUUUUUUUUUUAAAGUAAAUCCAGACUCUAGCUACUAGGUUAGCAGCAUGCUUGCUUUGCAAAGGGAGACAUUUUAAAAUAUCGAUGUUUACAGUAGUUUCCCCUUUAUCUUUUUUAAUUAUUAUUAUUAUUAUUAUUAUUAUUAUUAUUUCUUACUGGAGUAAGAAAAAAAGAGUAAUGCUGGUCUUCGGUUUGUUUUUGGGGGGUGGGGCGUGGGGAAUAUCCCAACCACUUGUCACCAAUCGAGGUCUGUAUCCAGCAAUCCACAUAAACACGCUUAACUUCGAACAAGAGAGUUGCUGGCGAGAGUUUCCUUAUAUACUUAAAUUUAUUACGAGUGUAAGUCCCUUGCUGGACCUGGGCCUGACUGCAUAAGAAAAAUAUCAUCUCUGCUUUUUUAGGACAUUCUUCUCUUUCCUUCAUGGAACCCUCCCAGAGCUUUGAGAAGCAGAAGAGGGAUUGUACAGUUAGGGCUGGGCUGGUCUUGUCUCUGCUGUUUGACUGCAUCCAUUUCUCCUUAGAAUGUUGAUGACUGCCAUUUCCUUUGACCCCAGAAACUGAUUUAAAAGCAUUGACUUUCCGCACUUAAAUAAAGUUUCCUUUUGAGGAGUGGAAACACUAAAAACAGAAUGUUCUGCUCUCAUGCGGGUGACGUUCAUGAGCACAGCAGCAUGCAGGUGUCCCUGCUCAUUGCAGGGGAGUUGGACUGGGUGACCUUUAAGGGUCCCUUCCAACCCAAACGAUUCUGUGACUCUCCAUAAGACCCCUUCUGCAAGGACAGCGCCAGCACACCGUGUCUGUUCAGUCAUCCACGUAUGCUCUGCAUCAUCCAAACCAUGUAGCCAUGGCUGAGCACUUGGGCAUCAGUGCCAACACUCCCGUUGACGUCCCUGCUCUUUGCACCAUGCCUUUAGCAGUCAGAGAAAGGGGCUGACGUCACACGUGCAUUGUUGUGGUCAUCACUGGGAGUCGUGGAGUAACACUGGGACUUUGGAAUGGGAGAAGGUUGAGCAGAAGGAAGGCGGAGGAAGGCCAGCCCGUUGUAUAGAGGUGCUCCUUCUCUGGGGGUUUUGCUUUGUUUGUUUUUCCUUUGUUUUCCUUUUUUUUUUUU